AUGAACAUGUUCAAGAGGUUCUUUCUCGUUGGGCUCACCGCAUUGGCCGCCGCUGUCUCGGCUGCACCCGCACCCUCUGCCGCGACCGAUAUCCAGAUCCUCCAAUUUGCACUCACGCUGGAGCACAUCGAAAACACGUUUUACAACACAGCUCUUGCAAAGUUCACGGCGAAGGAUUUUGAGAACGCCGGGUACCCCGACUGGGUCCGCAGCCGCUUCGUUCAGAUCGCUGGCCAUGAGGCCACGCACGUCAAGUACCUCACGGAAACGCUUGGGUCUAACGCCGUUCCCUUCUGCGAAUACGACUUCGGGACUUCAUUGGACGACCCGACGGCGUUUGCGAAGAUGUCGCGCGUCUUCGAGACGGUAGGCACGUCCGCGUACCUCGGGGGCGCAAGCCUCCUCCAGAACAAGGCAUAUUUGACCGCAGCCGCGUCCAUCCUCGGAGUGGAGAUCAGCCAGGCUGGCUGGGUUAGCUCGUCCGUGCUGAAGGUGCAGCCGUGGUCUGGGCCGUUCAAUAUCCCGCUCGCUGCGAGCGCCGCGUUCUCCCUCGCACAGCCAUUCAUCAAAUCCUGCCCCCCAGGCUAUCCACAGCUCCCCGUCAAGGAGCUCCCCAGUCUCACGCUUUCCAACGCGCAGCCCGCGCUCGGCGACACCAUCAACCUCUCAUUCCCUAACGCCGACUUCAACAACGGCACGCAGUACUACGCCGCGUGGCUUGAUGGGCUGACAGUUCAGUACACUGACAUCAACGCUAAUGGAGGGUCGACAAAGGUGCCGAACAACCUGCAGGGUAUCGUCUAUGUCGCGAUUGUGUCGUCAAAGGAGACGCCGAGCGACGAUAAUCUGGUCAGCGGGCUUGCGCUGAUCGCAUAUGACUUCGAUUCCAGAGCGAACAACACUGUGUCUGGUUCGCCAGUGCAGUAG